CCCGCGAUUUCGAUUAUUUUUUGAAACUAUCCCUGUGAUAUCUUUUGAUGAUAGAACUACCAACACAAACACAGCAGUACAAGGUGAAAAGUAUGGAAUUAAUUCUGUUGAAAACGUGUGAAAUCAGUGGUGUUAUUGUAUAUAAAUUGAAUAUUUCUUUGUGGAAUCUAUUGAGAAAGACAGCAUUGAAACAGUAUCAGCGAAAUUUGAAUGUAAAAACGAGUUUCACCGAAUCUAAAAACUCAUUGAAUUUUAUGUCCGCCAUCGACAUUUCGCAACUGCGCCGAGCUAUUAUUUCAUCUUUGACUCACAUGCAACGACCAGAGACAAUGAAUAAAGGAACAGUUCAUUAAUCGUGGCUGUGGAUAUUGCCAUUAAAAUACAAUAUACAACAAAAUGGCUUACACAAAGCAAUUGCCCAUGCUGAUUUAUGUUCCGGAUAGAUAUACAAAAAAUUUCCAUGUCGAUAUUUCACACGCUUAUGGGGGCGCUGCUUGACUAUAUGCUCGUACUACUACGUACAAUCGCAAAUAUGAGCACCUCUAUUACGCCAACGCGUCUUCAGGCGGAGGGAUUCUGGAGGCAGAAAAAAAUGCCAGAACCGGAACCAUCACAUUUGCUGCAGGAGCGCAAGGGGGAUGAAAACAUUCUCUUUAAUAGUUUGCAAUUAAUGGCAGAUGUAGUUGUACAGACAGCUUGGAAUCAAUGUGCACCCAAUGCCAUAACCAUGAAGGGGAUCGACCUAGAUCAAAUGGACCUGUGCAGUGAACCCACAUUUUGCUCCUUUUUUGUUAAUAUAAACCCUCGCGCACGGAAUCGUUUUAUUUGCUCCAAAGAUGAAUUUUCCUCUAGUCCUAAGUCGAAUGACAGCAAUAAUAAUGCUGAUGAGCUACUCGGGUGCUCAACAGCGGCUGAUCAUGAAACUAUGUUUUAUGAAGGUUUUAAAAAACCAAUGAUUCAGUAUCAACGUAGCAUAUCUGAAAGCAGUGAGGAUAGUUUUAUAUGUUUUGAGGAUAAUUGCAAUGAGGAUAACUGCUACGAGGGGGAAACCGACGAGGAAGACAUUGAUGAUGAUGCUGGAAUCAACGCAUGCGAUUGUACCGUGGGACUUAAGAAAAAGGUUCGUUUUAAUUUGGAGCCCAAAAUUCAUGUUAUGUAUACCUGGGACUACGCAUACCGGGCGGCCCGAAAGGGGGAUUGGCAAGUGCAUGCCCGCGAUCGUGCUAGAUUUCAGCAACGAAUUCAACGUAUUUCAACAAUAUUGGACCCCAUUCUUUGCUCUGAUCAUCGACAAAAGAUCUACAAGGACCGUUGUUUAAAUGUAAAAUAGUUUUAUAAUUUAAAAAAGUUCAUUAUUUUUAAAUUAAGACCAACAUUAAUUAAAUGGUUAGCUCGAUGUAAAUAUGUACACAUCAUAUGUAAAUUUUAGUAAA